UUACCUCGUGUAAGGGCUGCUUUAUGAAUUACAGGAUAAUUUUCCUGUCGGCCACACUCAACAGUUCGUAUCUCCGGAACCGGAAGUCGUAUCCGGUAACAAAAAUCCAACGGUGUUCUAUGAUGUAUUUUAGUUUAAGAGAGUUAGACACUUGGUCCUCGGGUCCUUGGAUGAAUUUGUUUUAGUGACCCUAAUUCGUAUUAUUGACUGAAAUCCACUGCAUAAGGUUUUUUGUCGAUCAAUUUGCAAUCUCUUAUCGCACUAAUUUGUGUUAUUAGUGCUUGAUAUAAGCUAGUAGAUUGAUGCGUACCCCGCGGCUUUUCCGAUUCGCCCCAUUCUCGAUUUAUUCACACGAUUAAUCGCUUUCGUUCGUUAGCCGACAGAUCGCACGAUGGGAAAUAAAACCUUUCGAUAAAACGAGUUCAUGUUUCAGUUCCUUAUCGGACGCAUGCCAAUUAACAACUCCUACAAUGUACGAACGGUGUAGAUCUUCAUUGAAUUAUUACGUCAUGUUAGGACUUUUGGUAAUUGCAGUUGAUUCGAGUGCUUAUUAUUUAUCGGAUACUGGACAAUUCGCCUCCAGAAAUAGUGAUCCAUUAUUCAGUGUUCCUGAUUAUGAUGAUUUGGGAAAUAGCCUGAAUUCGGUUGGGCCGUCGGAUCACAAAUUAUACCCAGUUCAAGUGACAGACAAGCGAAGACAUUUGGAUGAUCAUAAGUUUGCUAGUGGUUAUGCUAAUAAUAACUACGAUGGAAAUCCAGUGUCGAUUGAAGUUGUUCAAAGAUCUGAUCCUCGAAGUGACGUCCAAUACGAAAUGUGGAUAGCUGAUCGGAAGUAUGAGAUGAUUCGAAAAACCCUAAAAUUAGUUAUUUUUUUAUUGUUGCUGCUUGCCAUUCCUGCGUCCGUAGUUCUUUUCGUUAUAAUUCCCCUAAAAGUGCUGAUAGCAAUGAAGUUGGCUGGAAUCGUAAAUAUUGUUGGCCUGAUUGCUUGGGCUACACGGAACUGGUCCCGGAGGAGGUGGAUAUUUAGUAACGAACACGAUAAACAUAAGUUAAGUCUUGGUCUGACGUACGGCCUAACAAGCCAAAUUCCAUCGUUCAAUCCGAUGCUGUUGCAAUGUCUUCCAAAUUGCGGUCCUAUCAAUUGGGGCAAUCCGAUGUGGUUUCAUAACAAUAAUAAUAUUGGUGGGAUUAAUAAUGCGAAUAACAACGUUGACUUUAACAAAAUAAUUGGAACAAAUACUGCAGAUACUAUCGUAAAUAAUAACGAUAUUAGCCACAAUUAUAUAAAUAAUAAUAAAAAUAGUACUAGUAGUUCAAGCAAUAAUGCAAAUGAUGCAUUAAAAGUUAAACUCAAAGAACCAACAAAAUCUCAAGUUCAUUCAUUGAAACCUGUAAAUAAAAGGAAGAAUAAAAAGCGUACUUUGCGGUAAAGUGAGUUUGUUUUGUUUUUCUUAGAGUUGUCACGAAAUGAGUACGUUACAAGUUUUAAAUAAAAAAGCAAAUGUUCUGAUACUUAACUACCAAUAGUAAAUCACUUCACACGGCAGACCUAAUGGUGAUAAGGUUAACCACCAUCUUUGGCCUAGAAGCAUAGAAGUGCAGAAAAGCGAACCCCGUUAUUCCAUUUAUCGUUUGGAUUUUGCAGGUUACUAUCCCUGAACGAGAACAGCUUGAUCGUGCUUUGAUUUGAAAACGGUAGGUGUUUUUCUCAGAGGUGGAUCAGAAAACAAGGUUGAAAGAAAAAAAAACACAAUCGUAUUUUAUGGUUAGUGUGAGUCCCCCCCUCUUCAAUUGAAGAUUCGUCGAGUUGAGUAUGGUUAGGAUUGGUUGUAAUCAAUGGUCAAUCUUUUUUUUUUGUUUUUUCUACUCUACUUCUCCCCUACAUUUCCUGUCUGGUGUUAAGUGCUUGAUGAGCUAACAUCUUUUCAUCAUUUUCCUCGCUCAUUGGUUUUCCUUUGCCGAUAAGUCCUCAAUUAUCUUCGGUAUCUCUUUAAUCGUAC